AUGGCUCGAAUACCUUUAAUUCUCGCAGUUUUAAUACCUGUUGUGUGCUUCUUACUUGUAAAAUAUCAGGAUGCAGAUUUUGUGCUCAUGAUUUACGAAGUAAUAGGUGAAAAUCCUGCUGUAGUGUUGCGCGGCAAAGUUGUGUGGAUCACGGGAGCUUCCAGCGGCAUUGGUGAAUAUCUAGCUUACGAACUGGCUAAAUGUGGCUGUAAGUUGGUGCUUUCUGCACGAAGGAAAGUUGAAUUAGAGAGAGUCAAGAAAAACUGUGCAGGUAGGACUACCACCUUAUGAAACAAAUAUGACUGUAACUAUUUGGUGAUAGUGAUCCGCGCUGGUUUAAAUAUACGGUUUUCAAAAUACUAAAUGCCCGGCAGUCAGAAAUUCACGUCCAUUUUGCACGAAAUAUCUCAUUUAAUUUGUGUAAUAACAUCAGGAAGUUAUUUAGAACUGAAUCAAGCGAUUUCAAACACUGCUUUGAGCUUGACAUAGAGGCAACUGUCGAGCCUGGGCAUAGAGUGAAAUCUUUAUAGUUUCGACACUUCAAAAAUUUGCGUCACGCAACUGUAGCGCUACACCGGAAAUUGAAGGGCACUCUUCUGCCGAGUCGACAAAUUGUAAGUCAGAGGAACAUUUCUAGAGGAUAUCUGGUAAGACUAUAGACUCUUUAUAAUUUUACACAGAAAUCGAGUAGACUCAUUAGAUCCUGAGAAAGAUUUUCGUGAAAGUACAGUGAGAAUUUCCGACUGCCGGGCAUCUAGUAUUUUGAAAAGCGUACCCGUGAGUGAAAAUUCUAAAGAAUAUGCUUAAUGCAAGCUCGGAGAAUUUGUCUAAUACGAUACGAAACCUUUAUUUAGAAUCGUUUGGCAUUUCUGAACAAACACUAAAUACUCUGGUGAGGUUUCGUUGAUAAUUUCUGUGGAUAUUCAUCGCGAGUUGACUCAGUGUGUGUCAGAACUCGAAUAUUUAACAUUCACUCUAUGCCCACGCUCGACAGUCGCUUCUACUUUUAGCCCAAGGCAAUAUUUACAAUCGCUUGAGAUUCCUUUAGAAACAAAUAUCUUGUGUUCUUAGAGGAAUUAAACGAGCUAUUCCGAGAAAAUUGGUCAAAAUUUCUGACUGCCAGGUAUCUAGUUUUUUUGAAAACAGUUCCCGGCACAGGAUCCAGAGGAGAUGUGUUUGACGUUAGAACAUCAAAACCCGUCGAAAACCUCUGAAAAAUGGGUUAUCUUGAUCGCGUUACAGUUUCGUUACACAUUCUCUAGACCGCAAACCAAGAGACUGAGGGCUCGCAAGAUCGGCUUACUCGCAACUUUGUGCCUCGGUCGCCCUUCAGGCGACGGCCAAAUUAGGCUUUUGUACAUUAUGCUUUUGCUUCCCUACUAAAAUGCUCCACCUUAAUGCUCCAUUUUUCCCACUAAAAUGCUCGGUCUCCCGGAAAAAGUCACUAAAAUGCUCGGAUAAUGCUCAUUAUACAAACGGUUUUUUUUAAAUUAAUUUCAAAGUUUACACUUACAAAAACGUGCAAGUGUUGCAAGUAAGAACGACAACGUGUACAAGUUCAUAAAUACAGCCAAAAAAACCAGCUGUAUUAGGUUUUUUGUGAAUUUUGAAUUUUAGUCUCAUUUUGUUUAAAAAAGCAGGAGCUCAUGGGACAUGGGCUGCUGAAAAAAGUUAAUUUCUAUUGUAUUUUCUCGGAAAAAUCAAUUUUCCGGGGAAAAUGCCACUAAAAUGCUCGAAUAAUGCUCAAAGCUUUUGCCUCGCUAAAAUGAUCGAAAAAAUGCUAGCAUAAUGUACAAAAGCCUCGGUCACCCUUCCGGCGACGUGCCUUGCGCCAGCGAGGAUAUGGCUUGCGGUUAUUGAUUUUCAAAAUGGCGAACAACAAAGUCGAUCUGGGUCAGAUACCGUAAAUCCUCUAUUAAGCCCCCCCCGGGGGGGGGGGGUUUCAAGCACUUUUGAGGGGGGUCUUAAAAGAGAGGGGAGGCUUAUUUAAUUUAGCGAAACGCAUCACCUAUAGCAAAAAUACCCUGGCAUGAGACAGAGUAGACUUUCGCGUUGUACAAUUAAAGUCACUGUCAAAAGUAUUUAAUUCACUUGUGGGAGCCUAACAGUAACAAAAACAAAAUUCUUAUUCUUCAAAAAUGUGCUUCGGCCUCAUGUUCUUCGGUAAUUUUUAUGAAUAAACCAUAACUGAUCAGUCCACGUUAAUCGUUAAUUUUUUGGUGAAGAAUAAGGAUUGGGGGAGGGGGAGGGGGGGGUAAUAGAGAGGGGGGGCUUAUCAACUUUCCUCCUCUGAAAAGCGGGGCUUUUUUAGAGAGGGGGAGGCUUAAUAGAGGAUUUACGGUAAGAACGGAAGAAAUCGUUUACGGUAGAUUCAUAAAGAUCCCAUCGGGCUAAUUAAUCGUGCUAAGCGACAGGUAUAGACAUUUUUCAAGGUGAGACUUUAAGUAAGUAAUUCAUUGAUUCACACGAAACUCCUCUGGACCCUGUGUUCCCGGCUGCAGGCCAUCUGUCUCUUUCGCAGUUUCCUCUCAUCAAUUGUACCCGGGCGGUCGCGGGAGACUAGCACGGUAUCUUGGUGUGAAAACCUCUUCUAGCCCAUUUAUUUACUUUUUUUUUCUUAAUACAAGGCAAUGACGAUUUUUCCACCACCACCUUGGCAAAAAACAAAUUGGUUUGAAUUGUCAAGAGCUUUGUAUCUCACACAUUUUCCAUCUCAGAAAAGGGACCCGUCAAUAUUUAUUGUGGGUGGCGGGGGGGGGGGAAGGCGCACGGAGGAUUUUGGGGGGGAUCAGUCGUAACGGAGAACCCAAAAGAGGAGAUCACUGCAAUCACUGAUAACUUUGGAAGGAUUCAGAGGGGGGACCACUCAAAUUCGCUUGGAAAAUGAAGACAUCGCAGGGGGGGGGGGUUGCGAAGGUCAUCAAAUGUUAUUAGGGGGGAUCACUUUAGUGAAGUAGCAUUCAAAGGGGGGACCGGCUAAAUUUCACCUUGUUUAGCCUCAAAUCCUCCGCCCCCCCCCCCCCCCCCCCCCCCCCCCCCCCCCCAUUCAAUACCCGCUCCCCCCUCUUUGGGGGCGACUGGGCGUUAAGGUGGAGUUGGGGGCCGCGGUUACUGCUGAAGUGGAUUUCUGUUUUUUUCUCGGUCUUGAAACAAACUAAUUCAAAUCCAACAUGGCAUGAGUGCUAGGAUGUGUGAGCAGGGUUCGGUGCUGUGGAGGUGGUGGUGGUGGUUGCGUGAGUAGAUGAUUGGGUGUGGUGUGUUUUGUCUUUGGUGAGGUAACUAUCAAAGGGGGCCCGCCAAAUUUCCCCCUUUUUGGCCCCAAAACCCCCCCCCCCCCCCCCCCCCCCCCCCCCAGUGAUGAAUAACGACCGGUCCCUAAAAUCAGGGGUGAAAGGGGUUUUGGUGUGAUACGGGAUGAAGUACGGAAUUAAGUGUUUUUUAACCUUCGUUAAUGGUGAAAAUACGAAAUUUCUGUGAAACAUGAAAGUAGGAUUUUAGUCACCGUGAUGCAUCAUUUCUACCUUUCAACGUGCGUGAAAUGUGUACAGGAUCAAACCCCCUCUCCCCCUCCCCCUCCCAGUUCUGUAUGAAAGAGUAUUCGAAUUUUGUUAUUCUCGGCCUUAACAAUCUCUUUGUGAUACGAAUUUGGGCAUAAGGGUUUAUGAUCCUGUCUAAGACAAAUUUACUCGCCCAGUAUAAUUGAAAUCAAAGUUUACGGGGCUAUAAUGGACGGGUAAAACUAGCCUCCCCGCAGACGUCCUUUGGGGUUCGUUUGUCACGCAUUCAUUUCUCCUCUUUGUGGGGGAGAAAUGAAUGCGUGACAAACGAACCCCAAAGGACGUCUGCGGGGAGGCUAGGGUAAAACCAGUUAAAGUUGUAAAAAAAACGUACCCUGUCCAGCAGCGAGUGUGUAAGUGAAAGUAUAAGGAAGUACCCCGUCUUGGGAGAUCCUGAAGUAUUAAUAUCGUCUGAAAACAUUGAAAAGUAGCAAACAUUUGUAUCUAUGUUCUGAGCUCGAUCUUGUUAUGUCUUUCCCACCAGCAAUUUCACUUUCCAUUGAUCCAUCGUUUAAUCAAGAUCAAGAUAUUCUAGUUCUUCCUCUGGACUUGCUGAAAUAUGACACCCAUGAAAAACUUGCACACGAUGUCCUUGACCAUUUUGGAAAGGUAACAAGUGACAAGUCAUAGGGCUUUAAAUGGGAUCAUUAUACACAUUAUUACGUUUCUGGGAACCUGCCUACCUACCCCUCCCCUAAGCCCAUAUUUGCCCUAAUUGACAAAUAAGUGUUAAUGUUGGCUUAGGGGAGGGUAGGUGGGCAGUUUCCCAAAAACGUAUAAGGGAUCCCGAAAUCUGGGAAAUUUUGUCGUGUGGAAUCUGGAAUCUUGGGCUUUUGGAAUCCAGUACACAGCCCAAGGAAUCAGGAAUCCCGGCCAAUAACGAUUGGAAUCUGGAAUCCAAGUUCCACGAACAAAAAAUUUGGAAUCCACUACUUGAAAUCCGGAACCCAUCGUUGCAUAGAAUCCAGAGUCCAAGACUGCCUGUAAUCCCUUACAUGGGAUGAAAAUUGGGCUGAUCGAUGGACAAAUUAUGACCAUUCGAGGGUACUGACAGUUACAAAGGUCAUUACCAGUGGCGGAUCCAGGGGAGGGGCCCCCCCUUAUCUUAGGGUCUGGAUUACCGCCCCCCCCCCCAAGUUAUGAGUCAGGUUUCCCUAUCAGUAGGGGUCUCUCACGGCAAGAGAAAAAGAAGGGGAAAGAGAGAGACUUCUGCCGGCCUCUUUCUACAGAGAGAGAGUUACGGCUCAUUUUAAAAAGAGAGAAAAAAAUGAUAGGCCGCACACUCGAUAAGAGGAGAUGAACUCUAGCCUUAGGGCAAAAGCCACCAUGUUUUAAUGUGCGCGCGCACAAAGGGAUAUAUUAUGCAACCGCCUUCCAAAUUUGGUCAACUUUAGAUGGUUAUAAAGUAUUAGCAGAAGGAUUUGAGCCAAUCGGAUGUAGCAGCGUUCCACUCGAUUUUACAGCCUCUUGCUUCCUUUUCAGGUUGAUAUUUUGGUUAAUAAUGGUGGGCGAACACAAGUUAGUUUAAUAAGAAAGACCUCACUGGAAGUCGAGAGAGCUCUUCUGGGUUUAAAUACUGUUGGUACCAUUUCCUUGACCAAAGCAGUUCUUCCUCACAUGAUCAAACGCCGUGAAGGACAGAUUGUCUUUGUGAGCAGCAUUUUCGGAAAGUUUGGUAAUCUUGCUUUUUUUCAGUAUAUUAGGCAAAUAACGCAACCUCGACAACGAGAACGGCAAAACAGCAAUAGGUUUAGAUUAGCAAAACAACUUUGUACGUACAUCACGCUUUUGUGUAUAUUUCUUUGCCGUCGCUGUACGAGCACGACUAAGGGCCUGUUUACAUGGAGGUGGGGGACCCAAGGUAGGUGAGGUAAGAUGUGGUGGGUCACCCCGCCUAUAAUGUAAAUGUGAUUAAAUUAGAAUGAGAGAUUAAAUGGACUGGCGGGUUACCCCACCUAAGCGGAUAACCUCGCCUUCCUUAGCCUGCUAGAAAGCUCUCCGGGGCUGCUCUGGCGGCAGGUUGGGAAAAAGAAGGAGAGCUUGCAACUACGUCUCUGGAAUUUGAAUUCCGCCUCCAAUUCCCCUGUGGCUGCCCAUUGACUGAGCUGUCAGAUUCCCGCCAAUCAGCGCAAAGCGAAAACGAGCGCGAACGUAAACAAAGAUUAAAAACACGUGCCAAGAGUAAUGACGUCAUUACUAAUGUCAUCUCCGUCAAUCAGCAUUUUGCAUCGACUUUUUUCGGUGCAGAUAUUCAAAUUCCAGAGACGUAGUUGCAAGCUCUCCUUUCUUUUCCAGCCCCGCCGCCAGAGAGCUUGCUCGCAUGCUACGCCUACCUGGGGUACUAUACUGUGUAAUUUCACGUUUUUUGGAGGUCGUGAGCAUAAUACAACGAUUUUCUAAGGAAUCUGGAUAUUUUUUUGAAACCACCUACUUUUUUUACACGAAUCGGCUGCACGAGACCGCUGAAUCAGGUCACCGAAACCGCAUUGUUUUGAAACCGUUCCCGCCAGAGCUGUUUUAGAUCCCAUUCACACGAAUCCGGAGAAAAAGUAUGCGGUUUCAAAAAAAGUCCGGAUUAUACAGACAAAUACAGUCUUUUAACAGUCAACUCCGGAAGAAUUGAACGGCAUGAAUAAGUGAGAUGAAUUUUGAAACAGCGUAAAUUCACUAAUAUUGUCAAAACAUUUUUUCCCCACCUUUGUCUUCGACCUCGUUUCGUUGCUUAAUAUUCUUAUUAACUCACAACAAGAAAGGAUUUAUCCUCAGUUCUUGCUCACAAGACGACGGAAAUACUUAAAAGUUUUAAGUGGCUGAAGCGCAAAUCACAUGAGCAUUCCUUGCUUACCCAAUAGAAAACCUUUUGUUGAGUGAGGAAUUUCACCAUAAAUCAAAGCUUCGUAAUAAUUUUCAAUUGAUGUUUUUUGCAAUCAAGAUUUGGUACUAGAAUCUUCAGUGGGUGACAAAUUAGAAUAACAAGACAUCAAAAAUGUGCGUUCCAAAGAAAAGAGUACAGUCGCCCAAAAUUGGCGUAAGUUAUGUCCACAAUUAUUAAUUAUAGUGCUUGUCCAAGUUCAAGACAAAAAAUUACUAUCAAAGGAAGUAAAAAGAUUGUAUCAAUUUGAAAGGUAUCAGUUUCCCAGAAUUAUUUGAUUCAUUAUAUAUUUUUUUGAACGAACUUUGUAAUCUAAAAAGAUAGUAGUGUAAUCAGAACUAUUUUUUAACUAUAAUCUUCUGAAUUCCUUUCUCAGGCUGAAUUUAAUGUUUUACAUCUUGUGUUGUUAAAACAAAGUUUUACAUUUUUUUUUCCCUCAGGGUUUCCUUAUCAUAGUACAUACAGUGCUAGUAAACAUGCAUUGCACGUACGUAUGUAUUUACUGCUUAUUUAUUUUGCGUGUUUAUGCUCCUGUUGAUCCUGACUUUGCAGAUAUCUUGAUAGUUGUAUUUUGAGAUGGUUUAAUGUCAUGCUCAUUUUAAUAGUUGGCUUAAAAUCCGAGAACAGCGACGGCGCAGAAGGCGACGCUUAAAAAGGGAUUUCCGUUUGUUCAAUCUCCACUUAGACCUCGAACUACUUAGACCCCGUCUACAUGAACAAAAGUUGUCGCGGGAAAGAGGGUCACCGCCCUCCCAGCCGAGUCAACUUACGUACUCUAGCUUAUAUAUGAAAAAAAAAAGUUGACCCUUUGCCCGAGCCAACAGCGCUCGUGCAUGCUCAGGAUUGUCUCGCCUUGACCGAGCUGACCCGGCUGGGAGGGCCCAAAGUGUUUACAUGGAGAAACGUUGGCCCGGCUAGGAAGAUGCCCGUACGUACCCUUAUAAGGGGUUACCCAGGUAGGCGGGCCACCCUUCUACCGAGCCAAUUGCACUAUCCAAUGGAUAGAGAUUUAUCUAGUGGAUAGCAUUAUCCACCUUUUGAAAAACUGGGGCCAGAUGUAUAUUAAUUGAACAAGUCUUUAGCUUCAGUCUUCAGUUAGGUUUGACCUCCGACUUUGUUUCUUACAAGCUUAUGUUAUAGAAACGUCUCAAAGUUCAUUGAAAUUAAUAAUCAGAUAUAAUCUUGAGAUAAUAAUUUAAUGAUUUAAAAAUUUUCAUGACGUGAUGAUCAACUGCGCAUUACAGAGAUUUAUAGAACACAUAUGUAAAAGUUCAAGUACAUCAAGUUUCAAAGUUAAAAAAGAGACAAAUAAAUGACUAAUUAAAGUAACAAAAUGUCAUCGUGCAUCAAUCAAACCUAAGAAAAAGCCUCGCAAAAAAUAAGUUUUAAAUAAAGAGGUUUUUUUUAAAAUGGUCAACAGAUUUGGCCGUCCUAAUUUUAAUAGGUAGACUGUUCCAAAGCUUAGGUGCCGCGGCAAUUGCUUAGGCAAAAUCCAAGCACCUAUUUCCUAGGCACCCCUUUAUUUAUUGUUUAAGUAAAAAUACAAAAAUGCAUGCUUUCCUGUUCAUAUCAGUGCGAUUUAUUUCUUCACUAGGGUUACUUUGACACAGCUCGCAUUGAGUUGGCGGAGUACAACAUUGGCGUGCAGAUCGUCUGUCCAGGACCUGUCAUGUCGGACGUGUUAAAGAACGCCUUUACUGAAGACAUCAACAGGGUAAUCAGCGGUUUUUAAACAGAAAUGAGUAAAAAAUGUUCUGAAAUACACCUCAUUCAUUCGCCCCAUGAAGGGGAAUCCAGAUUCCGGAAUCCAGCAAUUUUUAGCCGUGGAAUCUGGAAUCCUGGGCAUUAGAAUCCGGAAUAACGUUCAAAUUCCACUGACAAAGAACCCAGAAUCCAGUAGCUGGAAUCCAGAAUCCAAUGUUUUGGAUUCCCUUACUUGGGGUAACUGGGAGAUAAAACUAACUGAUCGCAUUCGUCAGAACGCAUCCUAAUCUUGUGUUCCUGUCACGGGCGACUACAAAUUAGCCGCCCCUAUUAAUUUUAUCAGGAGCAUCUCGGCCGGGAAACUGGACCCCUUUCGACUCGAGUGACGAACGCGGAUCCGUAAUCAAUGAUUACCUCUAGUUUACACUUGAAAGGGAAAGGGAAAGCAAGCAGCCUAAAUGCCCGCGAUACAGAAGUGUUCCUAUUAUUAUUGUGUAGAAAAUAUUGUGAAGCUUGGCCGGUAUCUUUGACUGAAACUUAAUUGUCCAGUCUUGUUCUGCAUGUUGUUGGGUAUAUAAAUUGUUUGAUUUUUAUGGUUUUUUGAGAGAAGAGAAAACUGCAAUUAAUCACAAUAGACCUUUCCACGGUUUUCUAUUUUUUUUUUAACUUUUGACAUGGACAAGUGAGGGAAAAUCCGUCGACCCCGCUGGUAAGAGCGCCUUUAAAUUAGCAAAACCGCCAAGUUUGAAAGUGAUUUGUUGAAAACUAACGAAGAUAUAUAUAGGUCCGCAAAGUUGAGAAAAUUUACAAACCUUUGUAUGGUGGUGGGAUGUAAAUGUGAAGUUCGCAGAUUUUUUGGAGCUAUAUCUAGCUUUGCUCGCUUAAGACACGUCACUUUGAAACUUGGCAAUAUUACUAGUUUUAAGGUGCCUCAAGGUGACGGAUUUUCCCUAACUGAUCCAUGUCAAACGUUGAAAAAACCGUGGAAGGGUAAAAUCAAAAAAGGGUCAUUACGCCUCACCGACUUACAAUGUACCCUGAAUACAAUCAUCAUAAUAACGUAAAGCUGAACUUAAUUUAAAACUCUGAAACAACAGCACGGAACAAUAAUCAUUUGUCUUCCUUCUUCUGUUUAGUGAAGUGCCUCAGCAUAUUUUUUGUUUAAAUUUCAGCCUCUUAAUGGUUCAAACCUUAUGGAGAGAAUGCCAUAUGUGUCAACUGAACGCUGUGCAAAGUUGAUGGCAUUAAGCAUGGCCAACAAUUUGGAUGAAGUCUGGAUAUCAAAGCAUUCACCUCUUGCAUCAGCCUAUUUAAGCCAGUACUUUCCAAACUUCUUUAGAUGG